AUGGGGCGAACUAUUUCGGCACGAUCAAUGCUGCGUACUUGUGAAAUCUCUGCGACCCAGAUUUUCCAAUAUAGUCGCGUUAUGUUGCCUCUUUUUUCAUCUGAUCCAAUUAAGGAAAAACCUCCUGUGAUUUCGCCGACGAGCAAGGAUGGCGUGCCUCGAAAAAUUAAGAUCACUCGUGACGCCAAUGGACAUCUAGGACUUUCAAUUGCGGGUGGUCUCGGAAGUACCCCAUUUAUCGAUGGAGACUGUUCCCUCUUUGUUUCGCGCGUCACCCCUGAUGGUCCUGCUGACAUAGCGGGGCUUCGCGUUAAUGAUAAACUUAUGAAGGUCAACGAUAUAGAUGUGACGUGUGCAUCACAUGAUGAAGCUGUUCGAGCAAUGAAUGAGCCCGGCGAUUUCGUCGAACUUUCUAUAUUGAGAAGGGAAAGUGGAGCCACUUUUAUGAGGUCACCUGAACAAUCCUUAGAUGUUUCGUUCAUCACAGAGCCUGGCGAUCUGCCGCUUCACAAUCGUGAGACUCUUAGCGUUACAUUGAAACGAUGCGUGCUAGAAAAUUAG